AUGAAAGGCAUUGUCAAUACUUUCUUUACUGCUUUCUUGAUCCAAUUCGACCCUUCUUUUGCUUCCGCUGCUGCCAGUACCUGUCCUCCUCCUAUUACUACUAGUACAAUCAUGUCUGAUCUACCUCGUUGGGAUUUGAGCAGUCGUUUUGGCUUUGCAUCUCCGUUUGAUGACAAGAUUGACACCUUGUUGGAAACCAUCAAGACGGAUGCCAAGAAAUUCCGUGAGACUUAUGAAAACAAGCUUGAGGAGAACUUGUACAAGGCAAUUCAAGAAUAUGAGGCCAUUAGUGUCCAAAAAGCCACUAUUGGCUCCUAUCUUCACCUAUCCUAUGAUACUCAAUUGAACGACGACAAGCUGAAGAAGCGUCAGGGAGCCAUUUCCCAAAUCCAGUCGUCUAUUGUGGGAGACUACUUGGAAUGGUUCACCCUUGAUUUGGCCUCCAUCCCCACUGAUACUAUUUCGGAUCUCAAAACGAAAACACCGGAAUUGAGCAAGUACACUGCCUUUUUGGAGGAAGUGCAACGAAGCAAACCUCACGAUUUGAGCAAGGAAGUGGAGCGAGCCUUGACAGUCCGGUCUCCCUACACUGGUACUCGUCCAUUGGUUUCCUUUUUGGACAAGGAGCUUAGUAUGAUGAAGUUUGAUUUGAAAGAUGGAACUGAUGAAGUCAAUAUGGAGGUUUUGCUUGGCAAGAUGUCCUCCUCCAAGGAUGCGACUACUCGAGCCACUUGCAUGAAGGCACUCAACGAUGGUCUUGGCAAUACGGUUUCUCGAGUUGGGGCUCUCUCCCUUUCGGCAGUCGCUGGAUCCUGGCUUAUUGAAAACAAGGAACGAUCCUACAAGGGAUUGCGUACUCGACGCAACCUCGACAACAACUGUCCGGACGAAGUUGUUGAUAGUUUGUUGGAGGCUGUUCGUUCAGAUGGGGUGACUUACUGUAAGCGAUACUAUGCCAUGAAGAAGAUCAUUCUCAAAGAAACCCAAGGUUUGGACACUUUCCGUUGGUCUGAUCGUAACGCUCCCAUUGAUCUUUCCACCAACAAGGAUGCUGGAGAAGAAAAGAAGGAGGAGGAAGACAAGAUUUCGUGGCCCGAAGCUGUCAGUAUGGUCGAACGUGGCUACCGCAAGUUCAGUCCACAAAUGGCCGACUUGUUCAUGGGUAUGGUGAACGAAAAACGCAUCGACGUGCCAGCGGUGGAUCACAAAAAGGGUGGUGCCUAUUGUGCGGGAGUUGUUCCUGGAAUCGGGCCCUUUCAACUAUUGAACUUUGAUGGAUCCAAGAAUGAUGUUUCCACACUUGCCCACGAAUCGGGUCAUGGAUGUCAUGAUAUUCUAGCCUACAAGCAAGGUUACCUACAAUACCAUCCUCCUCUCACAUUGGCUGAGACAGCUAGCAUCUUUGGAGAAAUGAUCGUGUUUAGAGACUUGCUAGCUCUUACCAAGUCUCCACAAGAAAGAUUGACCUUGUUGAUGAGCAAGAUUGAUGAUGUCAUUAACAGUGUCGUUCGUCAAUGUUCCUUUGAUCGCUUUGAAGAACUUGCUCACAGUGCACGUGACAAGGGAGAACUCUCUUCCGAGGAGUUGGAUGCCUUUUGGGCUCAAGCCAUGGUUGAGUAUUAUGGCAAGGCAGGGAACGAGGGAGGCGACUCGCCAUUUGAUACCUAUGAAGAUACGACUCAUUUGUGGAGCUAUGUCCCACAUUUUCACCAUGUGCCUUUCUAUGUAUACAGCUAUGCGUUUGCGGAUUUGGUUGUCGGUAGUCUUUACAAUAGUUUUCAAAAGAAUCCCGAUGGAUUUGAGGAUCGUUUGAUUGACUUAUUGAGCGCUGGAGGCACCCGCGACUUUGCCACCGCCUUGGCUCCCUUUGGUUUGGAUCCCACCAGCCCAUCCUUUUGGAAGGAAGCAUUGGAGGCUCAUUUGGGAGCACUGCUGCAAGAAGCAGAGACUAUUGCCAAUGACUUGGGAUACAGUGGUACCAAGUAG